GGUGGCGGUGGAAUUGCAGCGGUGGUAGUGACGGUGACUAAUAGCAAUAACUGUGGUUGUUGUGACGAGCAGCCGUAGCUUUCGAUCGACGCGACACCGACUAUAGGAAAACUAUGCCCCUCGAUGGCCUCCCACAGGUUAAAACUCACCCCUGUUUGUCAGUACGACGCCGGUGGUUGUUGCUACUGCACGCAGCGGAAACGUCUCUUGCCUCCCAUGUUUUAGCCACUUACUCGAUAACAUAGACGGGGUGAAUCGCGUUUUUUUUAACCGAAUCGAAAGAAACACGCGUUGUUCGGCAGGGGUGAGUGUGGGUGAUCGUGUGCUAGUUGCGUUUCGAAAAAGUGCCAAGAAUUUUCCAGACGAUACAUGAAAUUGCGAAUAUCCGGCAGGUUGACGAAUGGUGCUGGUGAAAAAUCCGUCUCCGACGCGCGGCCUGAGCCCCCAACGAGAACAUGGAAACAACAGCAGGUCGAGAGAACGAAGAGGUGGAGGACGGGGCUCGCGAGGAAACAGUCCCGCCGAGCAAACUGGUUCUCGAGGAAGUAGUCCAGGAAAGAGCGGUGGUCCCGACACCAAGGGAAAGGGGAAAAAUGUACUAUUAUACUCGCGGGGUAACGAGGCUGGCAGCAUUGAAAGAUUAAUAGACGGCGAUAAGCGGAUAAUUGCAACGAAGCAUCUACUUCCAGAAAAUAAUAUAAAUGUCGUCGUCAGAAUUCGUCCGCUCAGUAAUAAAGAAAUUAAAUCCCAUGAAGAAAUGGCCGUGCAUUUUCCUGGCGAUGGACAGAUAUAUUGCGACGCGAUUACGAGCAGCGGUGACAAAAAGCCGAAGGUAUUCUCAUACAAUGUCGUUUUCGAGCCAAAUGCUACACAGGAGGAUAUCCUGCAGUACUCCGGUAUUAAGAACCUCAUCGAAAUGGCGGUGGAAGGCUUUAGCUGCACCGUGUUUUGUUACGGACAGACCGGAAGUGGCAAAACGCAUACCCUGACUGGGCCUCCGAGACUCUUCGACAAAAUGGAUCCGUACUCGGAGGACCAUGGUCUGGUCUUCCGUUCCUUCGUCUACCUAUUCAAAGUCCUUCAAGAACACGAAAAGUGCAAUUUUGUGCUGAAAGCUUCCUUCCUGGAAAUCUAUAACGAGAAGGUGAUAGAUCUCUUAAAUCCUGGCACUUCGAGAAAACCUUUGGCAGUUCGAUGGAGUAAAAAGACGCGCGGAUUCUUUGUCGAGAAUCUCUUUACGGUAGAAUGUGAGGAACUGGACGAUCUUUUGGCGGUUCUCGAAGAAGGAAUGAGAAAUAGAUCGAUCGGUACGCACAAUAUGAAUGAAUAUUCCAGCAGAAGCCAUUCGAUUUUGACUGUAAAUAUAACUUCUGAGCAAGCAAUGGAGAACGGUGUAUUUAUUUCGAAACAAGGCAAAAUUAAUUUCGUGGACCUUGCUGGAAGCGAAAUGACGAAGAAAACCCAGAGCGAGGGCAAGACCUUGGAAGAGGCGAACAAUAUUAACAAAAGUCUCAUGGUAUUAGGAUACUGUAUUGCUUCCUUGAGCGAUGGAAAACGAAAAAGUGGUCAUAUUCCUUAUCGGGACAGUAAAUUGACAAAACUUUUGGCCGACAGUCUUGCUGGAAAUGGCGUCACGUUAAUGGUUGCCUGCGUUUCACCGGCUCGUUCGAAUGCCAACGAAACAUUAAACACCUUGAGAUACGCUGCGAGAGCCAAAAAGAUCUCCACGAAGCCUAUUAUAGUGAUGGAUCCACGCGAAGCUCUUAUUCUAAGUUUGAAGCGUGAAGUGGGGGCUCUUCAAACCGAAAACGACCAUUUAAGGAUGACUCUUCAUCUCAGUAACGAAGCUCAAAAUAUGCACCGCAGCGAAUCGAAAAGCGAAAGACUGAUACCCGUGACACCGCCACCGGUGGAUCUUGAGAAAUUAGCCGAGAUGGAGAGUUCGGAACUGAGCCAAUUGAUCCAAGCAUACAUCACCGAGAACGAGGCACUACGACGAGAGAAUGCGGAGCUCUAUGCCACGCGGGACCAAGUGAUACGGGAUCAGGAACUCGUUUGCCGGGAAAACGAGAGGCUGCUCAAGAAACUUGAGGACGUAAACUUAGUUUGCUGCCGAUCGCCCAUAAUACCAGCGAGACCUUCGUAUUCGGCGGAAUUAUUUUUGAAUGACAACAACGAAGACGUACCUGGUGCGACUAACGUUUGGACGAAUCCGAAUGUUGCUCCCAGUCCGGUGUAUUCCUUCUCAAAGCAUACUCUUGGUAGCGGAUUGUACAUAUCAGCCGGCAAUAUGCCAGAGAAGGUAUUGAAGGAGCUCGACAAGCGUAGGAUUGUUGGCAGUUACAAUAACAUUGCCGAAGCCUACAAGGACAAGAACAGUCACCGUCGACACAAUUCAUGGGACAACAGUAAUCGGUCUAUGAUCAGCCCGGAACAAAGAAUCUCGCCGGUUGAUAUAAAUCAUCAAGGUCAAAGGACGACCUUGCGACGCACCUCGACGGUCCCUGAGGAGGGCAAGCCUCCGCCGUCGAGGUCGAGGUCGAGGUCGAACGAAUUGCCUGCUGCGGACAGCAUCACCACCAUCACCACCACAACCACCACCUCUACCGCUGCGACCGCCACCAAUGUCGCUACCGAGAUACAUGCCGAGCAAUCUAACGGAUCGCCUGAUUCGAUCCUGAGCGGCUCUCUCGAGGAGGGCGGCAAUUCCGCCCCCGACUCCGCGGACUCGGUCGCUCCCACUGUCCCCUUCCCGCCGAUAUCACACUCGCCCUCGUCCUUUGCAACGUCGGAACCGGAACCGCGGAACCGCAGUAAGUCGCGAGCCAGUACAGGGAAGGACAGGAGGAACGCCGAGGGAAGGAUCCAGGACGAGCACCGGGCGUUCGGCAGCCCGGUCCCCGUCGACGACGACGACCGAUUUUGAGAAUCUUUCGACGAGGGGACGAGAUCCCGACAGUGGUGUUGCUUCAUCUUGAGUGGAAUGCUACAUGCAAAAAGAAAAGAAAGACAGCCUCGCUCUUUUUUGUUGUGAGAAACAUCGAGUGACCGAGUGACGUUUAUUUACACACCAAUCAUAUACGAUUACUUAUAUAAUUGUAACUGUAAAAUACACUUCUACACACACGGCAGAUAAAGUCUUUCUGUUAGUUUGCAAAUCGUCUCCGUCGAAGAUUUCUAAAAUAAAAAAAACCGACGGGAAUUGUACAGAAUAAAAUAUAGAUAAAGUAAAAUUGUGUAAAAGGAUUGACGAAUUAAAGCGGAUUGAAAGAAAGUUUUUGCGUAUAUAUAGAUCCGUGCGUCCUUUUCCCUUAUAUCUUCUUUCAGAAUUCGUAGAUU